AUGCCUCAAAAUAGAUACAGGACAUUUACAGAAUUCCAUAACGUACAGUAUCAGAACAGUAAAAUGAUCUGGAUUAAAGGUGACUAUGAUGGAGUUAUCGGACUUUUUAAUGGAACUCGUCCUAACAAUUUUAUGUAUGAAAUAGUGAUAGGGGGUGGGGGAAACACGUGGACUGGAGCAAAAUCAAAAACCAGAUUUAAAACUAAAACUUACGAUAACAACUUUAUGCUAGAGCCGAAACGGUUUAAACCAUUCUGGUUGACAUGGAGUGAGGCGUCAUUAGACAUUGUGUUUGGAGUCGGAAAUCAGAUCGGUAAUGGAAAGAUAAUGCGAUUCAAGAGAGAUCCAACAUUUACAUUGAAAUAUCUAGCUCUUUAUGACGGAUUUGUUCCGGUAUCCUAUAUACUGGAGCUGCAGUGUAGCAAUGAAAACAUACCCUAA